GUUGGGGACCAGUCAGACUUGCUAUGGGACCUAGCAGAUGCUCCUGGGAAGGUUGGAGUGUGCACAGUGAGGUCCUGAUGCGCGAGGUGGGCACCUGGCUCCUGACCUGCACCUACAUCUGCGCCUGGGUCGGCUUGGACAUCUCUGUCCUGGGGGAUGAAGGAGGGCCGGGGCCUGGAACGUUCACCUGCCACAGCAACAACAUCCUCAGGAUUGACUGCCACUGGUCUGCCCCAGAGCUGGGCCAGGGGGCCAGAUCCUGGCUGCUCUUCACCAGCAACCACGCGCCAGGCAGCAAGCACAGGUGCGUCUUUCGGGCCAGCGUGUGCACCGUGGAGCUGCCCCCUGAGGAGGUGCUUGUGCCUUCUGACAACUUCACCAUCACCUUCCACCGUCACGUCUCUGGGAAGGAGCAGGUCAGCCUGGUGGAUCCACAGUACCUACCUCGGAGAUACGUGAAGCUGGACCCUCCCUCUGACUUGCAGAGCAACAUCAGCUCUGACAACUGUGUCCUGACCUGGAGCAUCAGUCCUGCCUUGGAGCCGCUGGCCUCACUCCUCAGUUAUGAGCUGGCCUUCAAGAGGCAGGAGGAGACCUGGGAGCGGGCUCGGCACAAGGGUCACAUCGUCGGGGCGACCCAGCUCAAACUUGAAGCCGCAGAAUUGGACCCUGGUUCCGCCUAUGAGGCCCGGCUGCGUGUCCAGAUGGCCACGCUGGAGGACGCGGCCGUGGAGGAGGAGCGCUACGAGGGCUCGUGGAGCGACUGGAGCCUGCCCACCCACUUCCCCUCCCCCCAGAGACGAGGUCUCCUGGUCCCAGCUUUGGGGCAGCCCGACAGCACCCUGGUCGCUGUGUCCAUCUUUCUCCUGCUGUCCAGCCUGACCUACCUGCUGUUCAAGCUGUCACCCAGGAUGAAGACAGCCUUGUACCAGGACGUGCCGUCCCCAAGCCCGUUCUUCCAGCCUCUGUACAGUGUGCACAACGGGGACUUCCAGACCUGGAUAGGGGCCCACAGAGCUGGUCCACAGCCCAGCCAGGACAGCGUGGGCCCCCCGCGAGGAGCCUGGGAGGCCCAUGUCCAGGAGGCCAUUGCUUUGCUCACCUAUGACCCAGCGGACACGGGGCCAUCAACGGACCUGGAGGAGGAAGGGGGUACUGGCACCGGCCUCCCAGCAGAUGUGCUGCCUGCAGGACGUGUGGAGCUGGGGGAGGCGCCUCCCGCCUACCUGCCGCAGGAGGACUGGGCCCCCGUGGGCCCUUGCAGGCUGGUUCCCCCGCAGUCCCAGGGUGGCAGCAGCGACUACUGUGCCCUGGGCUGCUCCGGGGGGGGCUGCCCCUCCACCUUCACAGGAAAUGCACAGAGCUCUGAGCUUGGCCCCCACUGGGCCUGUGGCCUUUUCUGUGACCAGCAGAGCCUGGAUGCCCGGCCAGGAGGUAACCUUGCGGGCGUUGGUCACAGCCAGAGGCAGGACACUGGGGGAUGGGCCGCCUGAGGUCCUCCUGCCCUCAGCAGAUGGAGGGCUCCCUCCCCAUGGUGCUGCAGCUUGUCCAUCCUGGGGAACAUGGACCAAAGUCCCUGGAGCUGACCCUUGACUGGCACUGGACCUCCUGUGCAGGGCCACCCAUGCAGCGGUCAGACGUCUGGUCUGGAGGCAGGAGGGCUCUCCCCUUCUCCUCUUCCUCCCCACCUGUGGGGAGGGGGCUCUGCCCUCAGCAUCCUGCCAUCCCGGCCCCCCAUCCACCACUUCCCCCGCUGUUUCUGGGCUUAACCCCAGGCCCCUCUGAGAACUGGGGUGUUGGCCCCACAGCCUGUUCUGCCCACCAUCCCUUAAAGGGCCAGCUUGGGCCCCGUGGAUGCGGGUGAGAUGCUGUGACCAGGCCGAGUGUCCUGUUUCUGGGCCUUCCUGAGGUCCCUCCCCUACUGAGAUUAAAAGGGACAUAGUGGCUGUUUCAAACUGCUGAUGGCUGGGAGAGGGGCCCAGAGGAGGGGUGGGGUCUGGCUAUUUCUGGGCUUUCUUGGCUCCAGGACUAGCAGGGGGAGGCUCAGUGACCAGCUCCAGGGAGGGCACACUCCCGCCCCUCCUUGUCCUCGUCUUCCCAUGACCCCUGGGGGCUGAGAACUGUAGCCAGAGCCCCUGAGAAUGAGGGCCAGAAGUGACCACCCAGCAGUGGCCUUGGUCUGUGAAGGGUCCUGCUUCUACCCCCACCCCCAUGGUCUGGAGAGAGGGGAACAGGGCAGAGGGUGCCUGUGUCCAUCCCUUAGGGCUGACGUAACAAACUGCCACAAACUAGAACAACAGAAAUUUAUUGUCUCACAGCUCCGGAGACUGGAAGUCUGACAUCUAGGUGUUGGCAGGGCUGUGAGGGCACCGGAGAGGAUCUGACUCCGGGUUCCCUUCAGCUUGGUAGUUCCUGGCUUGGACAGCGUAGCUCCAAUCCUCACAAGGCGUUUUCCCUCUGUGUGCCCCUGUCCAAAGCCCCUCUGUUUAUACCAACAUGAUCACAGUGGAUUAAGGCCGACCUGAAUGACUGACUUUAUUUUGGCUGGAUUAUCUGCAAAGACCCUGUUUCCAUAUAAGGUCAUGUUCACAUGUACUGGGGGUUAGGACUUCAACACAUGAAUUUCUGGGCAGUGUCCCUGCCUCUGCCAGCCAUCUCCUCCUUCCUGCUGGCCUGAGGGGCCGUGGUCCCUCCUGGGGCAACCCCA